UGUGUAGGCGCGUCUUAAAACUGACACUAAAUACACGAAUGAUUCAUUCAUUUUACUUCACUCACAGCAAUCGGAUUCGUGCGUGUCUUCUGCAGCGGAAAUAUAACCCAAAGGACAACCAUGAUGAUCUUGGCAUUGCUGACACUUCUGCUGAUCACAAAUGGUUCUGCAGAGGAAGAAAUGGUGAAAACUGUGCUUGGCUUCACUGGACAUAAUGUACUUUUACCAUGUGGCUGUUCCAAUGUGCAUAAACUGGUAUGGCAGAGGGGUGAAAGAGUAGUGAGUUUUUAUCAGGAAGGCAAAAGCAGCCCUAUAGACCAGGACUACAUAGACAGGACUGAAAACUUCCUGAGAAUGGAGAAAACAAACUGCUCCCUUAAGAUCCUCAACAUCUCUUCAGCGGAUGAAGGCGCGUACACCUGUCAUGCCCUGGUCAGUGUUGCUGAGAACGUCUGGUCGAGGAAGGCACUAACUGUUAAUCUAACAGUGUCUGAAGACACUGUAGUCAUCCCUACACGGGAUUUCAUCGUUGGUGUCAAACCUGUCACUGCUGUCUGUAUUACUGUUCCCAUACUGGCAGUACUACUACUCGCUGUUGCCGUGAUUCUAAUCCUACUGAUCAAAAGACGACAUCGGACAAACACGGAUCCUGAUUUACCGGCACAGCAACCUAUGAUCAAAAUUGUGUGAACUUGCUUGAAAGUAUAAUGGACUAAAUUCUAUGUUGUAAUACAAGGUCCUUUACAACAACAUGGACAAUAUGAGGCCUUAGCCCCAAAACAAAUGUGUUUGAUGCGGCCAUUACAGAGUGGUGCGUUCAGCGUCGAGACGAACGUCGCAAUGUGCAGUCUUCAGUUGUAGCACUGUUACCACUGAAUACAUUAUGAAUACACUGUGAAUAUACUUCUUGUAAGCAGUACAGUUUGUAAGUUGACAAGGUUCUCCUUGUAGGAAUUGUCUUUAUUCAUUCUUUGAAGAAUAGAUGUAAGAGGUGGGGGACAUGCAGUUUAUAUUUUGCCUAUUCCUAUUUGAUUUGAGACACUGGUGGUCUCAUUCUUAAAAAGGCUUUUCAAAUCACUGUAUUUUAUAGCUCAUGUAUAUUGCAAUGAUUUAAGCGCACAUCAUGUAAGCGUCUUUAUAUUUACUCUUGUAUGGGUUGUCUUCCUCAGCCUGUGCUGAUUUUUAUUUAUAUGGAAGAAAUAUGGCACUCCCUAUGGGAUAUGUUUGCUUUUUUUUACUCUACUAAAUGUCAUUUACUUUUAAAUGAAUUCUGCUUCAAACCUGCCGAGGCAAUAAACCAUUUCCAAAUACA